AUGAAAGAGGAACCUGCCACAAUUUGUUUCAAUGAAGAUGAUUACUACUGUCCUGUCUGUCAAGAUGUCUUCAAAACACCCGUGAGAAUUUCCAUUUGUCAGCAUGUGUUUUGCAGGAAAUGUUUCUUAAUGGCUAUGAAGGAAGGUGGAACGCACUGCCCAUUAUGCCGGGGAAUUGUGACCAGAAAAGAAAAAGCACGCCCCAACAGAGCCUUAGAUGUUGAAAACAGUAUGAAGAAGUUGUUGGGGAGCUGUAGAUGCUGUGACAAACAGGUUAGAUUAUCUCGUAUGAGACUGCAUUAUAAGUCAUGUAAGAAAUAUCAAGAUGAAUAUGGCGUUCCUUCUUCCAUUCCAAACUUAGAAAUAUCACAAGAUUCAACCAGAAACAGUUUUAGAAGUGAGUCUUCUAUUUCGGAAAUUGGAGAAAAUUCUAAUGUACAAGUUCCUGAAGAAGAUACCAGUGGACAGCCCACAUUCAAAUGCCCUUUGUGUCAAGAAAGCAAUUUUACAAGACAGCACUUAUUGGACCAUUGCAACAACAGCCAUCUUUAUCAAAUAGAUGCUGUAAUCUGUCCUAUUUGUGUGACUCUUCCAUGGGGAGAUCCUACUGAGGUCACAAUAAAUUUUGUUAGUCAUUUAAAUCAAAGGCAUCAAGUUGACUAUCAAGGUUUUAUGAAUCUUCAGCUAGAUGAGGAGACUUUGUUCCAAAAUGCCGUUGAAGAGUCUUGUCAAGUGAACCUUUGA